AUGGAAAGCCUCAUUAGUGAUGAGGGAUUUUCUGACCAAGUUUUUGAUAAUGACAACGACGAUGACAUCGAGUUGGAUGAUUGGACGCCCCCAGAUGAUGAACUUAUUCAGAAGAUGGUCUCUCAGAUCGAAUACUAUCUGUCCGACGAGAAUCUCGCCAAAGACGCUUUCCUUUUGAAACAUGUGAGGAGAAACAAAAUGGGAUAUGUAAACAUCAAAUUGCUGACAUCUUUUAAGAAGAUGAAGCACCUGACCAAAGACUGGCGGAUCACUGCCCACGCCCUGCGGCACUCCUUAAUGCUGGAGCUCAACGGAGAAGGGAACAAAGUGCGCCGGAAAGACCCUGUCCCGGAGUCGCUCCUGGUGCAGGUGCCCAGCAGGCUGCUACUGGUGUGGAACAUCUCAGAGGCGCCCUCUGCUGGCGACGCACCUGGCCAGCCCAGGAGCAGCAUGGAGUCUGCGGUCACCCUGCUUGGGCCUUUUGGGACCAUCUGCACAGUCCGGAUCAUCCGGCCUGGGAGGGAGCUGCCGCCGGAGGUGAGGAAGUAUGCCUACAAAUACCCGGAACUGUUCUCCCAGGAGAGUGUGCUGGUGGAGUAUGAAGACCUGGAGGGGGCGGGGCGCGCUUACCACGCCCUCUCCCAAUUGGACGGCGUGGUGAGAGUUGUCCUGGUGGGGCGAUGCUCCAGGAAGAAGGCGGGGCCGGAGGUGGGCUACCUGGAGGAGAGGUAUGCCGGGAAGGGUGUGGCCAUCCUGAAUCGGCGGAUGGAGCAGCUUCAGCUGAGAGCGGAGGACUCCUCGGCGUACAGCUCGUCCGAGUCGGAGCUCGCCACCUCCUCCCCGCUGCACACGCCCCGCUUCUGCGGCCCCUACGGCAGCCUCCUGCUGGGGCUGUCCCCGAAAUCCAGCCCCCGGAGCAGCCCCUGGAGCAGCCCCCGCUCCAGCCCACGCUCCAGCCCCAGGGUGCUCCAUGCACCCCCACCCGGACCCCGCGUAUCCCCCCUCCUGGCCUCCGAGGUGUGGGGCAGCCCCGAGACCAGCCCCGAGCUGGACCGCCGGGUUCCGGCCGACCCCUCGCCUGGCAGCCCCUGGGUGCAGAGGCGCAAGUUGGCGGCCCCACACGUCGCCCCCCUGGAGGACAGUAUCAGGAAGAGUCACCCCGGGCUGAAGAGGGCCCUGAACGGAAGCUCUUUGCCGCCAGGGGUCAUCCGCUUCCCACACGGGCCAGACGGGAGCAGGGGGUUCCACAAUAUUGCUGCCAGAGGGAAAAUUCCCAUUGUCAAGAUAUAA